AGCUGAUUUACACACGUCUAGCAAUCAAUCGCAAUCGCAUUCUCGUUUCUCACAUUCCGUUCUCGUAUUUGGCUUCAGUUCGGUUCGGUUUUUGUGUCUACUGCUGCUAAUCUGCAGAUAUUCAGUGAAAACAGUGUUUUUGAUAAUCUUGGUGGAUUAAGUUAACGGAAGGCGACUGCCGUACUGAACGUCAUUCACAGGAUUUUAUACUUCAAUUGAUUCUGUUGACAAAUAUCUGAAGAGAGAAUAAAUUGUCUAAAUGUAUAAGAAAAUGGGUAUUCAACUCAUUAUUUGUACCAUUUGCAUUGGAGCGGUGUUUGCUCAGAUAGAUCCUUCAGCGAGUGAUGCAUUACAAGCCCUCCCAGCAGACAUUCAAGAUCUAGUUAAUAAUACACAAAUACAAGAUAUUCAAAAUAAGACAACUAGAAAAUUGAAAGAAAAAUGUGAAAACAAUGGUGGGCCUGAUGCAUACACUAAUCUUGAGGGAGCUGUGAAGAGUUUCACGACUUGUGUCCAAGACUUGAUUAACUUCUCAACCCUCAAUGAGGAAAUAGAAAAGGCUAAACCUGACGGCAGGGUUGAUGAAGUUUUCAAAAAGUACUGCGACAAGCGUCCGGUGCUCCUUAACUGUUUCCACAACCUGACUGAGGUGUUGGAGACGUGUCUUACUGCUGAGGAGCAGCAGCAUGUACCGCCGUUUGUCAACAUGACGCAUCAGCUCGCCGAGUUCAUCUGCUUUAAGGAUGGAGACAGGAUCGCUCUUUUCAUCGCGGAAAAGGGACCCGAAUGUCUACAGGAGAAGAGUGCUAUGAUCAACGAGUGCUUGAACAACACGUUCAUCGGUAAACCGAGCUUCGACAAAAUUCCCGAUGAAAUACCAGAGAUCAAGUUUGGGGAAAAAGAAUGCAACCAAUUAACGAAAGCGCAGAGCUGUGUGGUGGCAGCUUUAGAGACGUGUGCGGUGCCAACUUCCGCCAAUAUCAUAGAGUCUCUGUUCAAAUUCGCAAGGAAAUCGCUGCCCUGUAAAGAGAUGCCGGAGACAAAGAAGCCGAACUCUGGUAGUCGAGUGGGUGUUGCCUCUCUCACAAUCGUGGCGGCCAUUGCUGCUAGAAUUCUCGUUUAAAUCUAUUAUAUGUCAUGUCAUUUGAAAUGUAGGACUGGGAUAAUUUACCCAAUGUCUAAAACCCAUUAAUACUAUUUACUCGAACGGUCCAAUAGAAAAAAAGCUUAGGGCCGAACGGGAAACAUCCGGUACUUGGACAACUGUAGUCUGCUUUAGGUGUGACCAGCUUUUGAUGUUUUUAGAACUAGUGUUUAACGUAUUUUAAGAGUACAACGAAAUAUUUGAUGUAAAUUAAACAGGCUUUCUUUUUUUUAGAUUUUUUGUUCCUUUUGAAGUAUUUUUUUUGUUUGUUGGAUUUUUAAUGUACGUUCUAAUUAGAAAGUACUCAAUAAAAAUGUAGUACAUUUAAAACCUUAAAGAACCUAUAUUGAUAUUUUAAUUUUAUUUUUACAUAUUUAGUACAAGAGCAUAAUAAUUUUUUAAAAAUCAAAAAAUACUUUUAUCAAGUUCAAAGAUCAAUUUUUUUGAAUUUAUUUCUAUGAUGUAAAAGCUAAAAAUACUCUAAUGUAUACUUUAGGAAGACAAAUUCGUAUAAUUUAUAAUGACAUGACAUAAUCAAAGAUUUUUAUGUAAACAAUAUAUUUAGGGCCUAAGCCAAAUCGUGGUAACAUAUCGUCCUUAUAUCAUGAAUUUAUCAAUACUUUGCCAAAAUAUUCGCUUCCAUCCAAUACUGUAGAAUAAAUUAUGAGGGCAUUCCUACCAAACAUUGACAUCAUUUGAAAGAAAAAAAUUACACUUCGUUUUUUUAUUAAAAAUCUUCUGAUAUGUAAAAAUUGCAACAUUUUUUUGGUAAUUCCAAGCUUUGUCGGCAAAAGAAAAAAUAAUAUUUAAUAAACAUUGUGCCAAAUAUGAAGGUAGCCUCGGUAUUUAAAGAUUUUUAGUAUUGCCAGUAAAAUGUACCUACACUUUAUACUUUGGUAUUUUGAUACUAACAAUUCCAAAACUAAAAAUUGGUUAUGCUUGAUUGCAACAUUAGUAAAUCUUUUAGGGCUUGUCCCACAACUGGCUGAUAGAGGCUCAGAUAGCUUAUAAAUUACGUCACCGUCAGAUAAGGAAAGAAAAUCCGAUAUUUCCAUCACAUUUUUGAAACGUUGGAUUGUUAUCAGACAAUUUAGAAAUUGGUGAGACAGGCCCUUAAUGUUGUAUUUUUGUACUGGCAACACAUGUUUAAAAUGGUAGAUUUGGUAGGAUUUGCCCUCCUUAAUAAAGCAGUUAUUUAAACAGACGUUAUAACGCUUCAAGGAGCUAUUUUAAUAUAAGAAAGUGCGGGUCAUUUGUUUAACGAAUAAGUGUUCAUUUUGAAGUUUCUUUUGUUAAUUAACAUAAUAACGUAAAAUGAACAAAAAAAUAAAUUAUGUUUGUUUUAUAUGUCUAAAUUUUUCAUUUUUUUUUAACUAUUUAUUAAUAUGAAUGAAAAAUUACAUAUUUUUGUAAAUUUAUUUUAAUUAUACAUAACAAAUCUAUUCCA